UAUUAAUGUAAAUAAUCAAAGAGUAAUUGGCGUAGAUGCACCGAGAAACCUAUGUAAUUUGCCAUAUAACCUUGUUUCUUUUUAAUAUUUUUAGUGACUAUAAUACCCUUAUCUCUAUCUCUCUCUCAUCUCCUUUUAUGUGUUCUAAUCUCUUUAUCUUUCGUACAAAUUCUUCAAAUCAUCUUCUAAUUCAACAAAAAUCUUUAUUUUUUUAUUCUGAUUCUUUUGACACCCAUAAUGCUAAUCUUAUUAUCUCAUCCCAAUUCCAAUAUUUCCAAUUUCGAAUCACAAUCAACUUUUAGAUAAUAUAUAUGUUAUCAGGUAUUUUAUUACUUACCUGCUAUUAUUUAGAUUUUAAUGGAUUCUUAAUCGAUACAUGAAGUGUUAGCUGUUACAAAUAGAUUUAAGCUAUUUAAUAGAUAACUAAUUAAUUGUUAAUAGUUUCAUUAACUGAUAUAUGAUUUGUUAGUCGAUACAUUUGUUUGAUACAUAGAUUGUUAGAUGAUACUGAAAUUAUUAGCGGAUAUGUUAGUUGGUAUGUAGAUUGUUACCUGCUAUGUAAAUAUUUAGCUGAUAGAUCUAGAGUUACUUGUUUUCGACAAAGCAUAAGGGCAUUUUCGUCUGCACAGUGUCAAAAGGUUACUCAUUUUUGGGUUAUCCAUAAUUAUGGGUAUUUAGCAAAUUUAGACCUUAAUUAGGGAUAUUCUACACAUUGUCUCAUAAUCAAAUAUGUCAUCUUAACUAUUUCUUUAGAUGGUCCUAUUAUGACUUGCUAAUGGUAGAUAAAAAUAAAACCCUAAAUUAAUAGAUUAGAUACGAAAAGAGAUAUCACAGACCAAUAAAAGACUUGACAAACUUGUCCAGUUCGGUCAGGUAGGACACACAUCUUAAUGACACGUCAUGCUUAACUACUAUGACAUAUGUCAGAUUUUGCCACGUCAUAUGUCCCGUUCACUCGAUUUUUUGUUGUCACCGUCGUUCUCGUGCAAGCCACAAAUUCUUUUAUUUUAUUUUUUAGCUCUCUCAUUUAAAUUCUGGUCAUGCAAAAGCCGCGUAUACAUGUGACAGAUUGAAACAUAAAUACUGUAUUCCAGUUCCAAUCUAAGACAAAAUAAAACAAAGUUCGUUAACUACAACCAGUGGCUACUACACUUACGUAUAUAUUAGUUUACUUCAUAUUCCAAUGUCAAAUAAAAAUGUACAGUUAUUGUAUAAGAUCAUAAGAAUUGCAUAUAUUUGCUUAGAACUAGUUUGUAUACAUCUUACACAGAGCAUAUGUUUUAUGAACCUUGUAAGUGAUAGCGAGUUUUUGGUGUUGAUAAGUUCAUAACAAAUUAGUUUUAUAAAUGUUGUUGACUUGAUGCAGAAUACUUCUCUAUUUAAUUUACUAAAUAAUUAUGAAAAUUAACUCAUGAAUAUCUCAUCAAAGCAGAUUAAAUGAAUAGAUCACCUAGUUCUAGUGGCCAUCCCAUCCCUACAUACUCGACAAUGAACUUAAAUAAUAUUAAUGAUUGUAUCUCGUAGCUUCUUGACCAAUCAAAAUCGUUGUUUAAAGUAUAUGAAAGCCAAUAAUCUCUUUGUCUGUUCGACGUAAAAAUAAAUAAGAUUGUUUUACAAAAAAAAAAAAAGAUGCUUUAGGAAUAAUGCAACUUAUAAUAUAAAAUGCAUGGCCCCUAAUCGUUUACUUAUAUUACGUUAUUAUCAAGCAAUGAAUUUCAGAUCAUGCAACUUAUACAUAUCCCCACAUUCAAUCAUCAUCAUACAUAUUAUACAUAUAACUAUUUUUCAAAAUAAUAAUAAUAAUAAUAAUAAUAAUAAAUAAUAUUGCGAACCAAACAAAUAUGAUGGAAUAGAAAGCUAAGAGCAUUUGACCAAAAAAGGGAAAGAAAGCCAAGAGUACUUCCAUCUGUCAGGAAAUCCAAUGGUAAUUCUUAACAAAAUUAUAUUAGUAUCUUACCUAAUUAUAUUGUUAAAAACACUUGUAAGAUAGGUAUCUAAUUUUUUUAUAAAAAAUCUAAAUUGAAACUUACCCCUUCAUCUUUCUUUAAUAUUUUAUUUUUCUAAUAUUUAUAAAAAAAACUAAACGGAAAAAUUACCCUUUCAUCUUUCUUUAAUAUUUUAUUUUUCUAAUAUUUUUUAUUACUGGAGAACGACAUUCAUCUAACCAAAAAAAAUGCUCAAAAAACCAUAAAUUUCUUACUAUUUGCUUAGAAUGAUAAAAAUCUGAAUAGCAAUUGAAUAAAAUGAUAAAAAAAAAAAUUGUGUCUUCAACAAAAUGAUUGUUGUGCCCUGUUUGAUGAUUUCAACCAUUUUUUUGUCUUCAACAAAAUGAUUAUUAUUCACUGUUUGAUGAUUUCACCCUUUUCGUAAAUACUAUUAAAAUUUGGUUUUUUUUCUUAGUAUCAUCCGUUUGAGCGGUAUAAUUAAAUAUAAAUUUUAUUUAAAAUAUCAUCUUUGAAUCUUUCAAAAUGAAUUUCUAAAAACUAUUUAUUUAAAAUCUAAAACUAUUUAAUUAAAUUUACUAUUUAAAAUGGAUAAAAAUGUUUUUUGCAUAAUAUAAUCUCAGGAAAUAUCAAAAAUAUAUUUUAAUAUUAUUGAAAAUUUUAAACUAUCUUGUUGUUAAAAUACUUGAUGGAUACUUAUGCAGAGAGUCUCUAGUUUUCUUACAAAAAUAUUUGAGUAAAAAUUGAUAUUUCCUUUUUUCCUUUUUUGAGUUUAAAUACUUUUGUGUAAACAACUAAAAAAUACUUUUUAAAAAAUACCAGUAACUAUAUUUUUAUAUAAUACAAGUAUUGCAGAAGUGUAUAAUUUUUUCGUAUUAUGCUUCUACAGAAAAUACUUUUUUUAUACAUUUCUAAAUUUUCUGCCAUAUUAACGUGUGAUUUUUUUUUUUUAAUUUCUAUAUGAUUCUUUAUAUGUUCAGCACAUCUCUGAUCAAUGUCAAUUUUAUACAUUUAUUAAUCAUUAUCUAUUUAUGGUGAAAUGACAUCAUAAGUCAACUGAUCGAUGAGUUUGUUCAUAAACACAGUCCCCAAAACUUGUAAUUAUACCCUAAAACGAAGAGUAGACUAGUCUUAACAAAGAGCUGUCAUCCUGCCAACUUUCAUACACAGCCUGUCAUUGCGCCCACUGGUCGUUCAAACUUCAAAGUUCAAUAACAAAAACACUAUCACAAAAAGACAGAAUCCUACGUGGCACGUCCUUUUUAUAUAUACACACACACAAACUCAUUACCCAUCAUCAACUCCAACGAUUCCUUUUCACCGGAUACCAAGUCGAGUCAGUCUAUCUACCAAAAUGGGUAUAUGUAGCUCGUACGAGUCGACACAAGUGGCGACGGCGAAGCUUAUCUUGCAAGACGGGAGGAUGAUGGAGUUCACGACUCCAGUCAAAGUUGGUUACGCUCUACAAAAGAAUCCAACGUGUUUCAUUUGUAACUCAGAUGAUAUGGAUUUCGACGACGUCGUAUCUGCCAUUAGCGCCAACGAGGAGCUUCAGCUUGGACAUAUUUACUUUGCUUUACCUCUCAGCUCGCUCCAUCAGUCUCUAAAAGCGGAGGAGAUGGCUUCAUUGGCUGUUAAAGCUAGCUCUGCUCUUAUGAGAAGUCAUUCUUGUGGCCGAGAUAAAUGUCGGUGUCGCCGGAAAUGUGUAUCUCCAGUUAUCUUCUCUUCCCGCAGAGCGGCGGCGGUUGGAUCCGACGGCCAGACGAGAAACGGGAAAAGACGCGGCUGUAGUGGUGGUAGUGGGAGAAGGAAGUAUGCGGCAAAGUUGAGUAUGAUAGAAGAGUGAAGGGUAGUUUGGGGAUUUAGUUAUUGUUGUAGGGUUAGUUUUGUAAAUAUGUUGUUGUUAAGGGGGAUGCAGGUUGCAUUUUAAAACGUGGGAAAUGUGAUUGUACUUGGUUUACUAUCAUAUCAUUGGAUGAUUUUUUCCCAAAUUUCAGACCAGAUAAAAAAAACAUCUGAUUUACCAAAGUUACGAUUGUAUCUUUGUCUUUUACUUCAAACAAGAUCAAGUGCGGUAAGGUUUUAAAUGCAAUGCGAUACAAAACAUUUAUCGAUUAUCAUGUUACCGAUAAGCUUGUUAUUGAUUUGAAAUAUAUUAUAUACAAUAUUAUCCAAGAGAUAAUAUAUGUCGAUGAUUUCAAAAUAAUUAUGUUCUGAGUGAUAAGAAGAUAAACAAAAGACAUUCUCAUAUUACAAUAUCAUAUGAUCAUCUAUUACUUUUCACCACCAUACAAUCACAAUCUCAUGACUUAAAUAGGGGUUUUAACACUUUGUCAAUUUUGUUCUAGAAGGGUUCAUUCUAAACAAUGUAAAGUUUAACUGCAAAGUGCAUACUAGAUAAUAAAAUCUAAAAUUAACUAUAAAAGUUAAUUUUGUUUCAGUAGUAACAUAACAAACAAACAAUGAGUGCUACCUUAUAUAUACAAGAGCAUUUCUAUUGGUUAGAUGCUUAGAUAUGUUCUGAAAUAAAAUAUCAGUAUUUUUAAUAAGUUUAUUAUAUAUAAAGAUGUUGAAUGAAACUAAAACUACACCAACCAAUAGAUAAAUGUUUUAUGAUUUUCUCAUAUGAAAUUUUAUUUUUAUUUUUGUUAUUUUUCUUAAUUAUUAUUUUUUCAUUAAAUUUUGAUCAGUGCUUUUAAAAGUGUUUUUUAUUCACAAAGAAUAUUUAAUAGAUUUGAUAGAUUUUAUAUAAUUUAUCGAUUUUUAAUUUUUGUAUGAUUUUAUUUGAAUAAUUAUACAUUAUUUAUUUUCUUAGGGAUUAAUUUUUGGAUUUUGAGAAGAAUUAUAGUUAUUGUUCUACAACAAAAAUUAAAUUUAAAUAUUUACAAAUUAGAUGAAAAUAUUUUAUCAGAGUUACCAUUCUCUAGUUUUAUUCUCUGUUCAAAAACGCGGCCGCGUUACCGAUUUUGCGGCCGCCUACACGCUCUACGGAUGAUGAACGUGGCGAUUAUGCUUGAUUCGGUUGUAUUGUACAGUAACACGCGGAAUUUGCAACUAGAGCGUAGAAUAAGAAAACACGGACGUCGAAUUGAUAAAACCCAGCUUUGUCCAAAUCAUGUAAACACUAGAAAAAGCUCAUAUUUUGUUAAUUUUGGAGUGGAAACACGUGAUUAGUAUUUGUUUUACAAUGCAAAUGCUAAAUCUAUUUGAUUAUAUGAUGAAGUCGUCAAAACCUCGAGUGGAAACAAUGGCGGCCGCAAACAGAAAAAAAAAAUAGGUCUGGCGAGAAGA